AUCUGAGCUAAACCGAAACCCUUUUUCCUUUCUACAUACGAAACGUUCAAACUCUCUCUCCUCCCGAACUCUCGAUCUUACUUUGCACAACUAUUCGCAGCAAAAUUCUCCAAUCUUCUUCUUUCUCUUUAUACUAUUUUAGGUCCUUCUUCGUCCUCUUUUGUGCGAGGCUUGUUGAGGAUUCUCGCGCUCCCUUUCUAGCGUCCGUGUUUGGUACAUUGACACGGGCGUCGAUAGCCGAGGCACCAUGGCUGCCUCGUGGAUGUUGGAAGAGUGGAAGGCGUUUUUGGAGGGCAUCGUAGUAGACCCGACAUACCAUGACGUCUUGUCGCUCCUCAAGACGGCGCGCAACGGCGCAGUCUACGGGACAAAAGUGCGCUUUCCGCACGCGCUGGUGAUGAUCUUCCUCUUCCGGUCCGGAACGUUCCGAGAAAAGGCGUCACUGGUCUUUCGGGCGACGAAGAAGCAUGCCACGAACCUGGCCAAGUUUGCUUCUAUAUACAAGAUUACAAUGUUGGCGCUGAAACGCUAUGGCGCUACACCUGGCAAGGAGGGCCCCUUCGACUCCUUCUUCGCCGGUCUCCUCGGCGGCUACAUCGUCUUCGGCCAGCGCUCCAAGCGCUACGGCAAGAUCUCGUCUGUCAACCAGCAGAUUGUCAUCUACAUCUUCGCCCGCGUCGCCCUGGCCCUGGCGCGCAUCGCCGUCAAGCCCGGCCACGGCCUGCCCGUCGUGUCGAGCGAGCCGCUGCACUCGCAAAUCACCCACUACGCCUGGCCCGCGUUUGCGUCGCUGUCGUGGGGCAUGGUCAUGCUGCUGUUCAAGCACCACCCAGAGGAUCUGCAGUCGAGUCUGAGGAGCAGCAUGACUUAUAUCUACAAGGACUGCGACAGCUGGGAUUCGCUGAGGACUUUGGUGUGGCAUAACAAAUAGAGCAUGUGAAAGUGGUCUUGUUUAGAGCGAGCUCUUUUUCUUGGAUUUAACAGGUAUACUGUCGGCGUUGAUGUGUACUGCCAUUUGUUUCAUAGUGUUUUAUUGGAGGGCGUUUUUGCUAUUUGGAUGUCUCGAGAGUGUUAAGCGGCAACAAAUACAUUGCAUGAGAUGGGACGCGGAGAGAGAGAGCAUUGGACAGGUGUUGGUCUUGGACUUGUUCUCGGGGUUCUUUGCAUUAUAUAUACAAUUGAAUGAAUCCCAAUCAAC